AUGGAAAAGCGGUUAACAACACGCGACAAACCUCAGCUGGUGAAAGGAUGCAGACGUCGUCUAAAUCUGAUGCGGGUUGAACCACAUGUUGAUGGAGAGACCGGAAACGACAAAAUCCCGCCUUCUCUCCUAGCCCCCUCCAUCCUAGAUCCCGCCUUCUCUCCUAGACCCCUCCUUCCUAGAUCCCGCCUUCUAGACACGCCUACUACUCGCAUGGUAUAUAGUUACGACGGUAGAGAGACUAUUUUAGACAUGGACUUUUCAACCGACAACGCAGUAGACGGUUUGGAGCGUCUCCAUCAGGUCUCCGGUUCUGGCGGAGGGGCUGAAGAUUCCUCCAAGAGAUACACCCCGCUCGCCUCUGAUCAGGGUGCUGCUGAACUCAAUGCCGGCUCUCCGGGGAUCGUGUCUGACAUUUCUGAAUCAACUUUUAGCGAUGGCUCGGCUCUUUCUCCGCAAAAAAGUCAAGGAUAUGAGGCAGACCAUGCUCCGGCGUACUAUUCCUACUGGACUCCCCCAGUCUACAACCCGACAGUCAUCGACAGUUUCUUAACACCAUCCAGCUCACCGCAACCACGCCUGACCGGUACAGUUGAUUUUCUAGAGAUUGUAAAGGCCUGCGUCGCCUCUGCCGUAAGAGUGGUGGUGUUACAGCAAAUAAACGAAGACUGUUUCGGGUGUCAAAUCUCCCAUCCGAGUCAGCGACAGCACGCUUGCCUCUACCCUCCAGACCCGUGGUUUUUUUCAGCUAACUUUGAACGAUUAAUGGGCAAGGUUUUGACGUGGGAGUUUGUCCCGGCUCUCAAAAAUACCUUGGCGAAAACUGGUCUGGACAUAUUGGAGGCAAGAGUGGAAGGAGCGGCCGAUGCUUUUCUUUACGAUCUGAAGAAUGAAGAAAACAUUUUGGAGAAAGUAAAUGAGAUCACAUGUACCUACUCCACAGAGAAGUCCGAGGAUCUACUGGACCACUUCCUAAGUUUCUGGAAUCCUUGA